ACUUACUUACAUCUAGAGUGAGGUGCCAGAAAUUGUCACUUUUUACUUUUUACUAGGUAAUUAUUAUUUAUUAUCUAGUUUUUGUGUGAGCUGUUGAACACAAUAAAGUGAUUUGCAAAUAAAUACUUCGGUCUGGAAUCAUUUCAGGAAUGUGGAUCAUUUGAAAACAAAAUUUAAUAUUGAAGUCAAUCAUCGUAAUCCCAUUUGAUUAUCUCUACCAAAGAGAAUGGGUGAAGUAACUGACUCAGAUGACUCAACACAUCGAAUUGAUAUUGGUGCUCACACUGAAAGCUCGCUUAGCUCAGACUCUAUGUUUCAUAUGAGAGCUAGCGAGCUUUAUCCGAAAUGUGAUCUAAUCAAAGAUCAAGAGACUGUGAGUUUGCCUUUCGAACCACUGUGCGGAGAAGAUGUCAAAUUUCUUGGGCAAGUGAAUGGAGGGGUCGCUGCCCUUUCAAACUACAGAUUCCUCUACCAUUCGUUCUCCAAAGAUUUAUGUUACAUAAUACCCAUCGGUGUUAUUGAACAAGUAGAGAUAAAAGAACUGACUAUUAUUCAAAUCAGUUGUAAGGAUGUACAGACCUUCAGAUGCGCCUUUUCUACUCCUGAGUCAUGUGUUGAGUGGCACAAAAGACUUACAAAUGCUAUAGUCGUUCCCAAGGAUUUAGACGAAAUAUUUGCAUUCGCGCAUUACGCUUGGGCUGGGGAGGAUCUGGGAGAUGACCUGCCACCUUAUGUAUGCGAUAAAGGUGAUUUAAAACUUGAUAAGAUGGAAUUGGAGUCUUUCAAAUCUGAAGUGGAGAGGAUGAAUUUCAACGUGACCAGCGAAGGACCAUGGCGCAUUUGUGUAGCAAACAGAGAUUUUGAAUUAUGUAAAACGUAUCCGCGUUAUCUUUUAGUGCCAGCUGCUGUAUCCGAUACGGAUUUAGUUGAAGUAGCCAAAUUCCGAAGUUCAAAACGUGUGCCUGUCGCUGUUUACAGAUCUGAAGACCUCAUAGGUAGCUACAAUAAAAAUUAUUCUUAUUCUGUUCUAUUCUAUUAUAUUGUAAAGUCAAAAACUUGUUACCGUAUUCAAUAUGAUGAUUGUUGCGGUGAUUUUCAGAAACUGCUGAUCGUCGAUGCCAGAUCGUACAGUACAGCCGUUGCUAAUAGAGUGCGAGGGGGUGGAUGCGAGUACCCUGAAUAUUAUCCGCAUUGCGACAUCAAAUUCAUGAACUUGGCCAACAUCCACGCCGUUCGCAAGAGCUUCCAGGCGCUGCAAGUUUUAUGUGCCAUGCCCGCUGAUGAAGCAAAUUGGUUCAUAAGCUUGGACAGUACCAAAUGGCUGCACUAUAUAUCAGGAUUGUUGGCGGCAGCCGUUACUGUAUUCUCAGCUGUUGAAGAUAAUGGGCAACCCGUAGUGGUACACUGUUCCGACGGAUGGGACCGGACCCCUCAGAUUGUGUCACUUGCUGAAAUUCUAUUGGAUCCCUACUAUCGCACCGUCAAGGGGUUCCAAGUACUUGUGGAACGAGAAUGGAUAGCUUUCGGCCAUAAGUUUGCCUCGCGCUGUGGUUUCACGGACGAUACCAACGAUCGCUCUCCUGUAUUCCUGCAAUGGUUAGAUUGCAUUCAAAACAUUCAUCGCCAGUAUCCAUGUGCGUUUGAAUUUUCAUUGAGCUUCUUGAUGAAACUAGCGCAGCAUGUGUAUUCAAAAUUAUUCGGCACAUUCCUAUGCAAUUCCAUUGCCGAACGUAAAAUUCUGAGUGUCGCGCAAAGAACUUUCUCUGUGUGGAAAUUGCUGGAACAACCCGAGUACCGCAAUCAUCUGUACACUCCCAACGGCGAUCAGAUUUUGAUUCCUGCAUACAGUGUGAGGGACUUGGUUGUGUGGCGCGAAUUGUUUCUUGGCUACUCCCAAGGGGAGUCGUUCUUGUCCGUUGCCUCUGGUCUGGCAAAAGCAGAUGAAUCGAUUUUUGAUGGCGACAGUGUAGCAGGUAAAGCCGUAAAUGGGCAUGGCACUGGCGCACUCAAACUCGGUGACAUUGAUUUGCCGGACGGGGCGAUGGCAAGUGGACUCAUUUCAUUCGAUUCUGUCGACGGCGAUGAGACUGAUAAUGGAUCCAAUCAGAGCUCCACUGACACCCUCGUAUCCCCUCAUAAUUUAGCUCUUAAUCCUCAAAAAUCACUGAAACCAAAGACACUAGAUGCUGCCGCUCCAGCCAUCCGAGGCUGUCAAAUCUACUGCGAACAAGUUUACAAAUUUAUUGAUCCGUUUGAUGGACUGAGCCGAGUUCGUGACGAUAUCCAGGACCGUCUUGUUCGUUUAAGUUUGGAACAUAAGGAAAGAGAGAGCGCUCUUGAACAAGAGCUGUGCCAAACAAGGGUAGCACUUCUGCACCAUCAAAAUUCUGCGUUGGCAGCUGCCGCCCCUGCCCCUCCCCCGACGGGCGAUGUUUCAGGCGAUGAUGAGCAGGGUUCCUUAUGCAGCACGGAGGUGUCUUGGGAGGCGGUGGAGGAGCCAGUGCAGACUCUGUGGGUGCCAGACCAUGCCGUCAGUCAUUGCACGAAUUGCCACAACAAAUUCUGGCUGGGCAGGCGUAAACAUCAUUGCCGAAAAUGUGGCCAAAUCUUUUGUGCGGAUUGCUCGGAAUACCUCGUCCCACUUCCAGAUCAAAAAUUGUUCGAACCUGUGAGAGUUUGUAUUUCUUGUAGACAAGAGUUGAAACAAGUUGAUAUUGUAUUUAAUGUUUCGUGGGGGAUCAAGUGAUCAUUAUUGCACUUGUUGAAUAUUUCCAUGAAGUUUUCUGUGAUUUUCGAUAAAGAAAAAAUGUUUAUAUAAUGAUGCAUUAUCAUUAAAACGUUUUAUUAAUGUAAUAUUUGAGAGAAUACCGUUUAAUUUUAAUGCUUGUAACCCCAGUCGACUAAGUUUUAAAAUUGUGUAAAGAAGUCGCAAUGUUUGAAAACUCAGAUGAUUUCUGAGAGCUCUGAUUCACGCGGGGUCCAUCUCAAACUUUUCAGAACUACUUUUCACAGUUACGGUGGCCAAUUUGAAAAAUGAAGCUGGUGUUUGCGCGCUGAGGUCAAUCUAGUUUAUCAUUAAAUUGAAAAUUUCCAUCUGUCAAGUACUUUACUUUUUAACAUCAAUAGAUUUGAAAAAAUACUUCCAUUGCAACUGAUAUCUAUCAUUGAUCAUAAGAUAGAGUUUUCGGUACAAGUAUUCUAGUCAUUCUCCAAUUCAGUAAGGAAACUUCACAUAAUUAGCUUUACAUUUUCGAUGAAAUUGGAAUUAUUAGAUUUCUAUAUUACUUUCUACUUUCGUGUUUCUAUAUUGUUCUCUCCAUUGCAAACUAAAAAAGUAUUACAAAAUUCUGUUGAUCGUUAACUAAUUCACGAUUAAUUUAUUUCAGUUAUGAAUAAAGUAAUCAAUCUUAAAGAAUUAUAAGAAAUAAACAUUAAAGUAAACGGUGUUCUCAUCAAUAUUUCUUCUUUAUCUAGUUUCUCGUGUAAAUACACGUUUGCAGUUUGAUUCAAUGUUAAAACUUUAAUGUUUCAUAGAAUUAUUAUUGUUGUAGCUCUCCGUUCAUAAUUUAUUGUAAUUAGAAUUAAUAAUCUUUGCUUAAUGAAUAGCUUCUUUUUGUUGAUAAAUUUUAGUAUUAUUAGUAAUAAUUAAUUGAGAUGCGUUGCCACCAAGAUACCAUUGGUAUUUUCCAGUUCUUACAAAUGUCAAGAAAGUAAUAGGCUACUUCCAUUGCUUUACUGGGCUCAAAUCGAUUAGAAUUAAUAUUUGGCCAAAAAUUACAUUAUCUUGUAAGCUUUGUAAGUUGUUCUACUCCUGUGCCCAAUUCAUGGAUUGGUUAUAUUCCUUGAAUCAAUUUUUAUUUCUGUUAUCAAUUUUUGUUCUCAAUCUAUUUAAUUCUCUGAAAAUUUUUCAUUCCUUAAUUCAAAUAUAUAUUACGUUAAGUGUUUGAAAACAUCUUUCCAGUUUCUAGCAUUAAUUAAAAAUUCAAUUCAAUGAAAUAAGACAUUAAUAAGUAAAAAAAAAGAAUUAGAAUUGUUUUUUCAAUUAACAAAAAAUGGAAAUAACUAUGUUUAGGUGGUAUCACCUUGGUAUCAGGACUACUCAUCUCAAUUAAUUAAGUCAGUUGAUUAUCUUUACUCUUAAUUUUGAGUUACCUUAAUUGUUGUUUAUCUGUAUUCUUUUUGGUUUCGAUUAAAGCGAAAAUUUCAAAGACUGACAAAAUGCUCUUCUCGAAAUGUUGUAGCAAAAUGUUAAUUUUUCUAUUGUCUAUUUUUUAAAUGUCUUUUUUCGCUAAAAUCGUUAUUGUUAUAGUUGUAUAUUUUCUCUAUUCGGGGAAUGUGUUUCACUGACUUAGUCAUUAGUUUGAAAUCACUUUAGAAUUAAGAUGUUAUUACAACCAUAGAACAACUGGAGACGCCUUGCCUCGGAAUGGAAAGCGACUAAAAAUCUUGAAGAGCUACAUUAAAUUUUGACUGAUGAACUCGUUCAUAAUGUUAAUUAGUCCCACUAACCAUCAAAUUAUUGGAUUGCCUUAACAAUCGUUAGGCUAUUUGAAAACUAUAAUAUUCGUUCAUCUCGUUCAAAAUUUCAUAUUUGUAUUCAAGAUUUUCCCAGUAUCAGAAACACUUUCAUCUGCUGAAAUCAAUCAAAUCUAAAUGGCUCAUAUCAACUUUUCAUCUAAAAUCAUGAUUCCCAAUUAUUUCCUAUCGUAUUAAGUCAAUGAAUUUCGAAUUUCUGUAGUUUUUAUCUUGUUAUUGAAAAAAUCAACAUUUAAUUCGUCAUCCUCUACCAUAUAAAAUCAUUAUUAUUGGUUCCAUAAUCAUUGAUCUAUAAUAAAUAUUACUCUAUUUCUAUCUGAUGGAAAAACUGAAAUAGUAAGCUUUGCUUUCGCUAAAUUAAGCGGUCCGGAGUAAUAGUUGUCACCAUAAAACAGAUCGAGUAACAAGAAAGAAUAAUAUUUUUAAAAUUGAUAAUUGAGUUAUAAACCAUGACUAUUUGUUGAUUUUUUCCAAUAAAUCUUUGGUGCUGAUAACUUUAAAAUUUCCAUAGCAUUUCAUCAUAUUCCACGGUCAUUCCACUAUAAUUUCUCAUCACUUGAGUGAAUUGAAAUCAUGUAAACUUGCAACUUUUACUAAGAGAGUAGAAUUAAUCAUAUAGAAUAACGUCUGGAACGUUUGAUUGUGUAGACAACUUACUAUGUAAAAGUGCCUUAACGACACCUAAAUUUUUUUCUUUUUACCGAGAUGUGAACGAUUUCUAGUAAAACAUAAUUCAAUAAGACAAUAAGUAAUGUAAAAUAAGAGUGAACUGAUUGAACAUUUCAAUUUUAUGUUAUUAUUCGACUUUAUAAAUUUUUUGUUGCUUACAAUACUUUUAAGUUGGAUUUGCAACACACUAUUUUAAUAUUGUGCAGUAAUGUCUAUUGUGAAAAAUCAUGUCAAGUAUGCUAUGUUGUACAGAAAAUGGCAUAAUAUUUCCAUGACAUGAUUAGUCCAAAAGCAGCACUUGAAAUCAGUUCGUCAGUGUGACUUCCAUGCUCAGUUUGGAAGAUUUAUUUGCAGGUUCUAUCUGUUCCAAUUUUACUUUGUUGCAAUUCCUAAAAUCGUUUAAGAGAAAUUAUUACAAAACAUAGUUGCAAUUCCUAAAAUCGUUUAAGAGGAAUUAUUACAAAAACAUAGUUGCAAUUCCUAAAAUCGUUCAAGAGGAAUUAUUACAAAAACAUAGUUGCAAUUCCUAAAAUCGUUUAAGAGUAAUUAUUACAAAAACAUAAAACAGUAAUUUAUGUAAAAUACACUAUCAACAGAUACAGUCAAAUAUUUGUAAAAAAGAGUGUAAUGACUUAUCAGUUGGAUAGUGAGUAAAUGGCACUUUAUUGACAGUUAAAGUCAAUUUUUUGUAAAAAAGUGUCAUGACUAAUAUUAUCAGUUGGAUAGUGAGUAAAUGGCACUGUAUUGACAGUUAAAUUCAAGUUUUUGUAAAAAAAGAGUGUCAUGACUAAUAUUAUCAGUUGGAUAGUGAGAUUUUAUAAGAUAUAAUGUAAUAGUUUAUCGGGUGUUUUGUUGUUGCAAGAUUUUGAUUACCAAGUAUUUGAUUAGUCUUCGUUAUUACUUUGUAAUGUAUCUUAAAUAAGUGAUUAUGUAAUGUAUUGAAAGUGCUCGUCAAAGAUCCAGUAAUGUUUUUCACUGUCAUUUUGCUAAAAAUUAUUUAGGAGAUAACUUGCGUUGAUGCAAAUUGUAAGGAUCUGUAUUAAAUUGAAUAGCACAGUUGGUUCGUGGUUACAUUAUGUUCUAAUAAAAUUGAUUUACUAUGAAA